GCCGAAACAUGGCCGCCGCAAAGGAGUUGCAAAAUUUUGACUUUAUUAUUCUUGGCGGUGGAAUAGCUGGCGUCUCUUGUACAGAGUAUUUAUCUAACUUAAAUAACGAUAAAACAAUCUGUCUUAUAUCAAGUACAUAUUUAGUAAAGGCUGUUUGUAAUAUUAGAAAAAUAGCACUAACUCUAGAACAGUAUGAAGUUACAGAAAAACCACUUGAUUCUGUAGCCAAUGAAUGUGGGAAUGUUACCGUUGUCAGGGCGACCGUUGUUGGUUUUGAACCUACAGGUAUCUGUAAUAUUUUAUUCAUUGCGCCAAUUUAUAGUAGAGAUAGAUUAUCUAUCAUUUCUAUCAAUAUAAUCCUGCGGUAGGCCACUAUUUGUUGUAUAUUAGUUUCUCAUCCGGAGCUUCUCCUAAAGUUGAUGUGGGCGGGUCAUAACCAUUAUUUGCCGGAUUUCCCCUCCCCGUAAAAUUUAUUUUGGAAAAGUGUGCAUUAAGCAUUUAUACAGCUGCAACUUUCUGAAAAAACAGCACAAAAUCAGUGAGUGCAACUGAAGGCAUGUUUUCAUAAUUUUGUACCCAGAACGUCUGGUGUUUUUCUCCCCUGCCUUCCGGUAGAAUUUUUAUAGCUGAGAUAUUUAAUAAGCGUGUGUGUAAUGUGGGAAAAACUGGCAGUUUGAAAUUUUGCAUUUUGACUAUAACAUUUGGUUUGGGAACGUUUCUAAUUGUCUUUCAUUCAAAUUUCAGUUUGAAGACAUCACAAAAUUUAUAAUAAAUUAUGGUCAUAAAUGGCAAUAAUGGCAAACAAGACCAUUUUCUUAAAAAGCAUGCAGGUGGGGAUGAGAAACUAAUAUACAACAAAUAGUGGCCUUAUGAUACUAGAUUAUAGACCCCCCCCUGCUUAGGUAAGCUAAUUUUAACAAAUAUGUUUUCAUUUAUAUCUAUCAGUUCAUAAAGUAGUAACAAGUGAUAACAAAGAAUUCCAGUAUAAAAAACUAUGCAUAUGUACCGGAGCAAGACCGAACCUUAUUGCUGAAGAAAACGAACAUGUUCUUGGUUUACGGGACUUGCAAAGUGUGGAGUAUUUUCAAAAUAGACUUUCAACAGCAAGGAGGGUGGUCAUUGUCGGCAAUGGAGGAAUUGCAUUGGAACUUGUGUAAGUCCAUUCUCGUACCCAGAGCCCUUCUUACGCGCGGUGCGACGAGGGGCUCUGGCCAAAUCCAUAUUCCGAACUGGCAUCUGAUUGGCUAGUUCUAACACCAGACAUUGUUUUCUUACCAUGUUUUUAUGGUAUCCAGUUAUGGAUUUGGCCAGAUCUUCCCAUUGCACUGCGCGUAAGAAGGGCUCUGGGUACGAGAAUGGUGUAAGUCCUAAAUAUUUUGUCAAGUGUUAAUAUACUUUCUAAGGUUAAUGACUUAAACCAAGAGAUCUUUUUACUAGAUAUGAACUAACAGGAUGUGAAGUAGUUUGGGUGAUAAAAGAUGAUGCCAUUGGCAAUGCAUAUUUUGAUAAAGGAGCUGCACAAUUCUUCCUGCCAGCUUUGGAACUUGAUGGAAAAUUACAUGAAGAAGCAAACUUGAAAAAUGAAAUUGCAAGCACUCAAAGUUCUCAAGAUCUCAAUGCAGGUAAUGGCAUGGGCUGAUUUACUGGGGGGUUAGGAGGGGUUAAACCCCCCUAGAAUCUCUCUAACCCCUUUUAUUUUGUGUGAAAGUCAUUAAACUCUAAUGCCUGCCGAAGCUCGCUCAGUGGUGCCGCUUGCACCCCACUAGAAAUUUUCCCACCCCCCUUUUAAAAAAAUGAAAAUCUGCCCUUGGGUAAUGGUGAUUCUCAAUAUUUUCAGAUAAGCUGCUACUUUUAAAAGUCUUCCACAUUCAUAGUGAUCAUGCAGUUAACCAGUGAAGCUGCCCAAAUGCACCAUAUGGUGUUAUAAUUUUACUUUUUUCAAACAGGAGAAUCAAGUUAUGCAGCUGCACUUGGUAGUAACUGGAAAGAAGGCUUAAAGUUGAGCCAACAAACCUCAGACAUAAAACACAAAAAAGUGGUAGUUGAAUACAAUUCAGAACUGAAAACCAUAUUCACAAGACAAGAGUAUAAAACUUUACAUGGAGAUUUGUCAGAUGACUGGAACAUUCAACUUGAAUUAAAAAAUGGCAAAACUUACGGGUGUGAUUUUGUUUUGUCAGCAACUGGAGUAGUGCCCAAUACUGAACCUUUUGCAGAACAUGCGAAGGUUGCAAGUGAUGGAGGUUUGAUGGUGGAUAAGUGUAUGAGGACUAACAUCAGUGACGUAUAUGCUGCUGGUGAUGUUUGCAAAGCAUCAUGGGAGUAUUCUGAAUACUGGAUGCAAAUGCGGCUAUGGACCCAGGCAAAUCAAAUGGGUGCCUAUGCUGCGAAGUGUAUGACAUCUGAUAUGGACAAUAGUGAGAAUUUCAUGGAUUUUUGUUUUGAGAUGUUUUCCCAUGUGACCUCGUUUUUCGGCUACAAAGUGAUACUACUCGGCAAGUACAAUGGCCAGGGUUUGGGAUCAGAUUAUGAAGUGCUGCUAAGGUGCACAAAGGGUCAGGAGUAUGUUAAGGUGGUUCUGCACCAUGGUAAAAUUCACGGAGCAUUGCUGAUUGGCGAUACAGAUUUGGAGGAAACAUUGGAAAAUUUGAUCUUAAAUCAAAUGGAUGUUAGUUCAUUUGGAGAACAUCUUUUAGACCCAAAUAUUGAUAUUGAGGAUUAUUUUGAUUGAAAUACUUUAAUUUAUUAAUUAAACUAAAUAUUCUGUGAUCGAUCAAUUUCCCCCCCAAAUAUUUAUACAAUAAUGAUUUAUUGAAAAAU